AUGGCCAUUGCACCCAUCACCGGCAAACUCAGGAAGCGUUUCUGGCUCGACUUCUCUUGUGCCCUUGGCCUGGGCAUCUCCGCUGGCUAUGCUUUCUGGUAUGGUGUCCACUUGAAGUCCGUCCAACGCCAGGAGGAGUACUACCUCAAGCUCGAGCGCGCCAAGCGUCAGUCUGGCGACAUUUAA